UCCCUUCUCAUCUCUCUCUGUUUCCACUUCCCCUCCUCUUCUCUUCUCUCUCAGUUUCCACUUCCCGUCCUUCUCUUUCGCUUCUCUCCCUGAUCUUUGUCUCUUUAGCUAAUUCAAGUUCUUGAUUUCUUUUCUGUGCUUGCGUAAUUUGUAAAAAUAGUGUAGAGUGUAAAGAUGUUCACGGAGGGUUUAGAUGAAAAUGCAAUCAACUGGAUCAAGAAGGGGAUGGAAACGGAUCAAGAACCCUGCAUCAGAUCUCCCUUUAAAAAGAAUCUACCUCUUGAUACAUUUCCGAAAUCUCCUCUUUCCUACAAUACUCCCACUGCUUUCAUGUCUCCUCAUGGGAUGCCACCAUUGAGAUUCCACUCUGCCUUGUUAACUCCUCACAGCCUUGCAGCUUCUUGCCUCGAUGACGAAGAACAAGAGAGUGUCAAUUCGGUUUCUGAUGAUGCUGGUGGGAGUUUCUCUGUGGAUGAAGAAGAGGAGGAGGAGGUUUUGGGACCUAGACAGGCUUAUGAUGAAGAGGAGGUUCUUGGUAACAAGUAUAGCUCAAAGUUAAAUAGAGGGUUCUUGAAGGAAAAGAAUUUGAGGAUUGAGAUCCCUGGAAGUAACAGAAGAUUAACAGAUGGCGAGUUGGGGAUGAGGAAAUUUGCCAUCAAGAAUUCAUUCCCAGGUGGUAGCGCUCGGCUUGGAGAAGGAGUUCAAUUACCCAGUGCCCAGGUUAAUCCUGUUGACUCUAAAAGCAUUCAUGCAGAGGUAGAACAUAUGGGUACACCAAGCGCACCACCUAUAAUUGAGACUGAAAGAGAAGUGAAGAGCUUUGCAGAAGUUGAGCAACAUGAAGUAGGAAUUCCAAGGAGAGGGAAUCAGAUUUUGAUGGCAUUUAAGUUUAUUGAAUUGGCCUUUUGCAGUACAAAAAAUACCACAAUUGGAGGAGAAGUGCAAAUCCCUUAUUGGCAAAGCAGCCUGGAUCAUUCACCUUGCUACAAUACAAGUGGUCAGUAUGCCUGGCAAACUCUUAUAACUUAUGAUGCAUGCAUUCGGCUUUGUCUGUUUGCGUGGGCGAGAGGCUGCACUGAGGCACCUGAGUUUCUGCGUGAUGAAUGCCUUCUUCUGCGAAGUGCCUUUGGACUACACAAAUUUUUGUUGCAACCUCGAGGCGUGCAAAUGACAGAAUUGAGGACUGGUAAGCAUUCAGAACAAAUGUGCGCAGUGAAAGCAAAGAAGGUAGUUGGAAAAAUAAGAGUGGAAGUGAGGAAACUUCGAAUAAUACCCAAGCGGAAACUUAGGAGCACUCAUUCAUUACGAGGUGCAAUGGACAUACAAGAGUGGGCAGAAUAUGUUCGACAUGUUUCUUCACUAGUGAAAACUGGGAUGAAUUCCCUUAAACUAGCCUCCUCGUCUGUGACGACAGUAGAUUCAGAAGAGAAAAUGUCAUGCUUAUUCCAACUGAAAAGUGCUAUAGAAGAUGCGCAAGUUGAACAGGGUUCUGCAGUUUGCUUGCUUCCUGGAACUGGCGAUUACCACGUCUUUUUUCCAGAAACUGAAAGGGAUGCGUUGCUGGUGGAGGUCCAGGAUAAGAAGAAAUCAAUUCAAGGUCGAGCAUCCAUUCCAGUUUUAUCUUUGACUGAUAAUCCAAAUGAAAGAAUACGUUGGUGGCCUAUACAUCACGAUGAUCAAGAAUGUGUUGGAAAGAUCCAGCUCUUUAUUGGUAGUACAAUAACAUCUGAGGAGGCUAAUCAUAUAAAGGAUAAG